CUUAACCAUCAAAACAUUCAUUAGAGAACCCACUUUGAUACAAGCAAUGGUUCUUCUUGGUUACUUCAUACGGAUCAUUACUGUCACUCUGACUCUGACUCAGCUCGUUGAUGGGUUUCAGAGUCGAAUGUUGAUGAACAAUGGACUUGCUCUCACUCCUCAAAUGGGAUGGAAUAGUUGGAAUCAUUUUCAGUGUAACAUCAAUGAAACUCUCAUCAAGCAAACCGCUGAUGCAAUGGUUUCAAGUGGUCUAUCUGCAAGAGGUUACAAGUAUAUCAACAUAGAUGAUUGUUGGGGUGAACUUAAGAGAGAUGCCAAGGGAAACUUGGUUGCCAAAGCAUCAACUUUUCCUUCAGGGAUCAAAGCUUUAUCAGAUUAUGUUCAUAGCAAAGGGCUUAAGCUUGGGAUCUACUCUGAUGCUGGGACUUUUACCUGCAGCCAAACCAUGCCGGGAUCUCUGGGGCAUGAGGAACAAGAUGCCAAAACAUUUGCCUCAUGGGGGAUUGACUACUUGAAGUAUGAUAACUGCUUUAACACAGAGACAAGUCCAAAAGAAAGAUACCCAAAGAUGAGCAAAGCUCUGCUAAAGUCAGGAAGAUCUAUAUUCUUCUCUUUGUGUGAAUGGGGACAAGAGGAUCCAGCAACUUGGGCUGGAGAUAUUGGUAACAGUUGGAGAACAACAGGAGAUAUCCAAGAUAAUUGGAACAGCAUGAUAACAAUAGCAGAUCAGAAUGAUAGAUGGGCAUCUUACGCAAGACCAGGAUCAUGGAACGAUCCAGACAUGCUUGAAGUGGGAAAUGGAGGCAUGACUAGAGAAGAGUACCGAUCACAUUUCAGCAUAUGGGCAUUGGCAAAAGCUCCUCUGCUGAUUGGGUGUGAUCUUAGAUCAAUGGACAAAGUCACCUUUGAGUUGCUUAGCAACAAAGAGGUGAUUGCUGUCAACCAAGACAAGCUUGGGAUCCAGGGAAAGAAAGUCAAGAAAUAUGGUGAUCUUGAGGUAUGGGCAGGUCCUCUAAGCAAGAAACGAGUAGCAGUCAUCCUAUGGAACAGAGGAUUAUUACCUGCAAACAUCACAGCUCGAUGGGAAGACAUUGGCCUCCAUUCAUCAGCUAUUGUUAAUGCUCGUGACUUAUGGGCGCAUUCAACUCACUCGGGUGUUAGAAAGCAACUAACUGCCUUAGUGGAGCCUCAUGCCUGCAAAAUGUAUACUCUCACCAAACGCAAAGCUUAAGAUACUGUUAUACAGCUAGAGUCAAUCAAGUGAAACCUGAUCCCUAGCAAAAUACUUUGGAAGCCUGAAGAUUGUACCAAUUCUCUCCUAGUCAUUCUAUGUACUUACUCUGUUGUAUGAGAAGCAAGCAUCAUAAAUGAUCAACCCAAAUAACAUUAUAAUAAUAAUAAGAAUAAAUUAGAGUUAUGUCAAGUCUCUCUCAUAAAAACAAAAG